AUGCAAGGAAGGCUGCUAAAAUCGCCAAGAUCAAACCUAUAUUUCGAGAGGCAGAGUCACUGCUCUCCUAUGAUUCAUAGAUUCCGAUACAUGGAAUCCCUUUCCCUUCCACCUCAGUCUCAGCCGCCGCUAUGCCUCCAAUGCAUCAUCAUGGCUCUUGGAGCCGAUGCCUCCGAUAACUAUGGAGCAAUGGCAAUACCCCUCUACGAGAGAGCCAGAGCAUAUGCCAAAAUGGACGAGUCUAAUGCGGAAGGGGUGAAUUCAAUCUCUGUGGCCCACGUCCAAUGUUGGGAUUUGAUAGCCAACUACGAAGCUCAGCAAAGCAUGUUCUCUAAAGCUUCAGCCAGUUUCUGCCAGAGUGCCCGGAUUGCGCAGGUGCUCCAGCUGCACUGUCUCGAUAGAAAAUCCAACCCUUCCCGCCUGGACACUAUUGAAGUCGAGGAACAAUGCCGGACGUGGUGGGUGAUUUUCAUAUCAGACCGCUUAAUGUGCGCUACAACAGGACUACCGGCCGUGAUCUACAACAGAGACGUUGACACACCCCUCCCGGUGUCAGAUGAAGCAUUCAUCGAGGGACGAGAAGAAGAAACUGGCUCCCUACAGAGCUCAUUAAAUACACGCCCGUCGACUAUUCUAUCAGAACUAUCAGCCAGAGUUUUGGUCGCACAUCUGGUGCAGCAAAGCAUGGAACACACUAGCUUGGCAUCUCAAGUUGAAGCAUCCCCUGAAAAGGCCACUACGUACUGGGAUAGACAUCGCGAGCUGGACAAUGGGCUUUCCUUGCUAUUGGCCAGGCUACCUAACGAUCUGAGAUCGCAUCAAUAUGCGCGCAGCCAAAGCGCGGCAGCGGUCAAUGCCCAAAUACACACGGCGAUUAUGACUCUUCACAGAACCCGUACAUGUUUACUUAGAGCGGAACCUCAAAAAGCAUCCGCCGAUCAGAGCAUUCGGCACAGCCAAGAACGAGCGCUCGCCGGGGCAGAGGAGAUUGCCCAUAUCUUACGCAUGACUACCGAUCUCAAGACAACGUUCAAGAACCCGAUUUUGAAUUUUUCAAUUUACCUCUCCUGCCUCGUUCUGAUUGAGGACUUCUUGGGUAAUGACCGUCAACAGAGCAGAGACACGGCUUGCUUUUUGUCCUCCAUUCUAGGUUCUGUUGGCGAGAAGAACAGCGUUGCAGAGUCACUAUACAGUCAAAUUCGCGACAUCAUGGUCUCUGUAGGAAUCUCAGUCCCGGAAUCCCAGAAAUCCUUGGAUCGGCCAUCGGAUGUCUUUGCAUCGAAGAUGGGACAGCUCUUGACAAACGUGGCAUUCAGACUGUUCACAAGCACCCGUUGCCUGAUUGAUCGAGACGUAUUGCAGUAG